AUGCUAGACGAUAUAAUUUUCGCAGUAACAAAUGCCGAUACUGAUUCGAAUCAGUCGGAAGUUGAACAACAAACUGAACUUAUGUACACCGAUAAUACAAUAUGGACAGCUGUAUUUAAUGCAGAUAAGACUGCUAUUGACCAUUUAAUCGAUAUUGAUCCAGAUGUUAUUAAUACAAGAGGAGCGGUUGGUGAAUGUCCUAUACAUAUGUUAUUUCUAUGUGGAACAGACGCACAUUUAGAAAUUGCUCGAGAUCUUAUUAUAAGAUUUCCAAUUAUUGUAACACAAAUUUAUAAUAAACCAAGAUAUUAUGGUGAAAAUAUUCUUCAUAUUGCUAUUGUUAAACGUAAUCCAACUAUGGUUGAAUGGUUACUUUAUAAUAAUCAUUUAGAAUCUUAUCGAGAAGAAUUAUUGACAGCAACUGCUACAGGUGACUUCUUUAAAAUAGGUCAACCAUCGUAUUAUGGUGAAACUCCACUAGGAUUUGCUUGUUGUACCAAUCAAUGGGAUAUUGUUGAAAUUUUACUUAAAUAUGGUGCUGAUAUGGAUGCGACGGACAGUAAUGAUAAUACUAUUCUACAUAUGCUUGUUAUUUGUAAUUUAACUGGAAUUUAUGCUAAAUUCAAAGCACGCUGGGUAGAACAACAGAUAAUUAACGAUAGUAAAAUAAUUAUUAAGUCAAAAUUAAUGAAACAUACGAAAUUAUGGAAUCGUUUAAAUAAAGAUGGUUUAACACCAUUAACUCUAGCAGCUGAUUUAGGUCGAGCUCAAAUGUUAUCAUGGUUACUUGAUGAACGUAAAACAAUACAAUGGUCCUAUGGUAAUGUUUCAUGUGUAUUACAUCCUCUUGAUCAACUUGAUCGUGAUUUUGAUGAUGAUAAUAAACAACGAAUUCUUAGUGUUAUUGAAGUAAUGAUUAAAAAUAAUAAUCCUGAAUUAGUACAUCCUAUUAUUACAUCUUUAAUUGAUAAAAAAUGGAAAUAUUUUGCUUCUCGAAUACUUAUUCGACGAUUUCUUAUUACAUUUCUCUAUCUUCUUGUUUUUCUUGGUACUACAAUUAUACAACAAACACGACCAGAAAUAAUAAUAGCAGAUGAAAAUGAUCAAAAAGCAAUAUUAAUUAAUGAUAAAUAUUCAAGUGUUAUUCAUAAAAUACUUUCCAGAAUCGGUCGUUUCAUUGUAAUAUCAGGUGCACUAUUGAAAAGUGCACGUGAAAUAUACGAAAUGCGUAGUUUAGGUUUCUGGAAUUAUAUUAAUAGUACAGGAUCUAUUUUUCUUGAAAAUUUUUUGUCAUGUUCAUUUUGUCUUGGUAUUUUUAUUACACAAAUUUUUCAUCUAUUUGAAAUACAUCAUUAUGAAACCCUCAUACUUGCUUUUACUUCUCUUAUUGGAUGGGGUUAUAUGUUUUUUUUUAUAAUGCCAUUUCGAUUUACUGGUCCAUUUGUUAUUAUGAUAUAUAAAAUGUUAUUUAAUGAUGUUCUUCGUUUUUGUAUAAUAUAUAUUAUUUUUCUUGCUGGUUUUUCACAAUCAUUUUUUAUUUUAUUUAAUGAAAAUGGUUUACCAGGUUAUAUAUCAAGUAUCAAACAAUGUUUUUUAGGUUUAUUAGGUGAUUUUGAUCUUGAUUAUUAUACUGGAGGACAAUAUCCAUUGACAAGUGUUACAUUACUUAUCAUCUAUAUUAUAGUUAUUACUAUUCUUUUAUUAAAUUUACUUAUUGCUAUGAUGGGUGAUACAUAUGCAGAUGUAAAACAAAAUGCUAAAAAAUUAUGGCAUUUAGAACGAGCACGUAUUGCACUUGACGUUGAACGUGGAAUUUCCAAGUCUAAACGUCAUCUACAAAUCAAUAAAUAUUGGAUAGAUGUAAAGGGUGAACGUUAUUUACAAGUUGAACAAGUGAACAAUGAGCUUUUUUCAUCUAUCGACGAUAAAACAAAGGAUGAUGAAUAA